UCUGACUCUUGCUUGGACUCCGAACACAAGACUUCGAAUCUUAAAAUUAUUUUUGUUAGAUUUGUUUUUUUUUUCUUUUCUUUAUUUUUAAAAUAAAAAAAUUCCCUCCAACUAUCAGAUCCAACGGCGUAUAUCACAUAAAACCUUAACCGCUAAAUCUGAAUCUCCACCGUCCGAUUCACAUUCAUCUUCCUUCUUCCUUCUUCCUUCUUCUAUUUUCGUCCUUCGUAUCACUCUCAGAUCUCAAAAACCCAAACAAGGAUAAAAAAACUCUCUCUCUCUCUCUCUAUCAGAAGAAAGAGAGGAAACUUUCUAUUACCAUUUUGGCCCUAACAAAAAAAUGGUAGAAGCUCAAUCAUGGACGACGCGGCGGAUGAGCAAUCCGAGAUUCGACGCCGCCGCAACCGCCGCACCAGUCGUAGUCGACAUCCCCGGAACACCCCCUCACUCAUCCGCUUCCUCCACCGGAAAAGCCUUCUUCCUCUCCUCACCCAACGUAUCUCCGGCCGUUCUCACGGCGGCGAUAAUCGCCGCCUGGUUCGGUUCGAACAUUGGAGUCCUCCUCCUGAACAAAUACCUCCUCUUCUACUACGGUUUCCGCUACCCAAUAUUCUUAACCAUGACGCACAUGCUAUCCUGCGCCGCCUACAGCUCCGCCGUAAUCAACAUCGCCGGAAUCGUGCCGCGUCAGCACAUCCUCUCGCGCCGUCAGUUUUUUAAGAUCCUCUCUCUCUCAGCGAUAUUUUGCCUCUCCGUCGUGUGCGGAAACACUUCGCUCCGUUACAUCCCAGUUUCUUUCAAUCAGGCAAUCGGAGCAACCACGCCUUUCUUCACCGCCGUCUUCUCUUUCCUCAUCACCUGCAAAACUGAGUCCACCGAAGUUUACUUAGCUCUCCUUCCCGUCGUCUCCGGCAUCGUCCUCGCCUCUAACUCCGAACCUUCUUUUCACCUCUUCGGUUUCCUCAUUUGCGUCGCUUCCACCGCCGGUAGAGCUCUCAAAUCCGUCGUCCAGGGGAUUAUUCUGACGUCGGAAUCGGAGAAGCUACAUUCGAUGAAUCUACUGCUCUACAUGGCUCCAAUGGCGGCUUGUAUAUUACUACCAUUCACACUCUACAUUGAAGGAAACGUAUUAAGAGUCCUAAUCGAGAAGGCGAGGACGGAUCCAUUGAUCAUCUUCUUGCUCGCCGGGAAUGCGACGGUGGCAUAUUUAGUAAAUUUGACGAAUUUCUUGGUGACAAAGCACACAAGUGCUCUCACUUUACAGGUUUUGGGAAACGGAAAAGCCGCGGUGGCCGCCGGAGUCUCUGUUCUUAUAUUUAGGAAUCCGGUGACGGUGAUGGGAAUUGCCGGAUUCGGCGUUACGAUUAUGGGUGUGGUUCUCUACAGCGAAGCUAGGAAGAGAUCCAAAUUGCUCAACCAGAAGUGAGAGUGAGAAAAGAGAAUUUAAACCGGUGAAGUAAUUUUUAAUUUUUACGUUUUAUUAUUUUUCGGUUUAGUUUCUUCUUGAUUCUUUUGAAAUUCUGCUAUUGUUUUGAACCGGUUUGGUUCGGUUCGAGAGGGGGAAAAUCAAUUUAAUUGUAAAUGGUUGAGAUUGAUUGGGGUAAACUAUAAAAUGGAAAAAGGGAUUAUAUAAUAUAACAAAAGUGAAAAAAGUAGGGGGCAGAAUUAAAAAGAAAUAAGAUUGUAUCUUUCUUUUCGUUUCUUCUCUUGUACUGUUACGUUUCUUAUCUUUGUCUUACCAAAAAAUCGAAACAUAGAGAAGAAAAAAGUUAAAAAGUAAUAAA